CGUUACGGUUGUCAAUUGGCUUACCUCGCUUCUCCAAUCGUCCAUGACCGAUGUGUACGUGCUUUCCCCAAAAUUUUCCUUCGAAAUAACUGAGCGCACUCAGAACUACACUUUCCUUUCCCCGUCGUCCAUCUUCUAACUCGUUCCAGUGCGAAUUGCGGGAAUAGCGGCUGACAUUCUCUCGGAAAGCAUCGUCAUCGCAGUGACGUUGAAUCGGACAUUCCAUCUUCGCAAUAGCGAAUUGCCCAUGGGAAUUGGAGGCAAAGAACGAGCUGGUUUGGGUCGUAUCUUGCUUAGAACGGGCUGUAUUUAUUUCAUCGCCCUUCUCGUUCUCUCCCUAGCUGACAUGCUUGUAUUGAUCUUUGACCAUGUGCCCGCAUUUGCCACACGAUAUGAUUACUGGGUUGUUCCAUAUUAUACCCCUGUCUUCCGCACAAUUAUAAUCUGUCGCUUCCUGCUCAUGCUUCGGGGUAUCUAUUACGAUGAACUCGAUGGCAAAAUUGAUGGCGAGGCCACUCACAUCGCCAGCGAGCAGCUCGUCUUCGCGCGCUCAAGAUCCCUCGCUUCUCGUAUCAUUGGCACCAUGGGUGCUCCUGUGGAUGCGAGUCGUUUCGAUGGAGUCGAUUAUGAACAAGAUGACGAGUACGACGAGUGGCUGGAUGAUCAAGAUGAAGAUAGUCUUGCCGGAGUCAAAGCCAAAGACCCAUUGGCGGCGGGCUUAGCUAUGAUGGCGCAGCCAGAGACCAAAUCAAAGGGAAAAGGGAAGGAAAAGGGCGACUUGGAACCUGGGAUGGACAUGGAAGAAAAGCAUCAUGAAACGACCCCGCCUGUCGCCAGAAGCCCAUCACUCUCAGGCUCAGGCUCAGCCAGCGAUGCAUAG